GUUUGACCACAUUCGUUAGAGCUCACCUGGUUGUGAAAGCCGAAGUGCUCUGUUGUCACACUAUGCAGCUCACCUUGGGAUUUGCCACAGACUUUUAUUUAGGAUAGGCAUAUUAUUAUUUUCGGGGCAUUUAACAUUCAUGUGUGCGUUCAAAAUGUAUGUCGUCGUACUUUUGUUCCUUUUCGCGACACUUUCGACGGUGGACAGCGUGAGGAAAUGGUCGCUGAAUUACAUCUACACUGCUCUGUCAAAGCCAGUAGAAUUGCCUGGUAUCCAUGAGUUCACUGCCAUGGGUCUGAUGAAUGACAAACAGAUUGAUUACUAUGACAGUGUGGCAAAGAAGAAGAUUCCCAAACAGGACUGGAUGAGGGAGAAGCUGCCAGCAGACUACUGGGAUAAAGGCACUCAGUCACGCAAGAGCAAGGAGCAGUGGUUCAAAGUCAACGUCAACAUCCUGAUGGAUCGCAUGAGGCACAACAACACUGAUGUGCAUAUCCUUCAGUGGAAACAUGGCUGUGAGAUUGACCAACAGAGUGACGGCACAUUGAAAUUCAUAAAGGGCACAGACCAGUACAGCUACGAUGGUGACGACUUCCUGGCCUUUGAUGAUGCCAAUAUGCAGUGGGUGGCCCCAGUUUUUCAAGCUCAGCCGACUAAGAGGAAGUGGGACGGGGUCCAGAUCCUCAACCAGUACACCAAGGGCUACCUGGAGAAGGAGUGUGUGGACUGGCUUUCCAAAUUCAUGGCAAAGGACAAAGUAGUAGGGCUUAUUGUGACCCCUCCAAAGGUCUAUGCGUUUGCUAAAAAGGCCAAAACUGCCGGAAAUGUCCGACUGACCUGCAUGGCCACAGGUUUCUAUCCCAAAGAUGUAGAAAUGCAUAUUAAGAAGAAUGGUGUUCCAUUGACCGAACAUGAUGGAGUGCAGUCUACAGGAGUCCUACCCAAUGAUGAUGACACUUACCAGAUCAGGAUGAGUGUCCAGAUCCCAGAGGCAGAUAAGGAAACUUAUGAAUGUUAUGUCGACCAUAGAACUUUGAAGGAGCCAGUUGUGGUAAAAUGGGAUGGGAAAUGCUGCGAUUGUACCCAAGUAACAGGUGUUAUCAUUGGUGCUGUUGUUGUGGUGGUCCUCCUGCUGACCGUGGUUAGCUCCAUGUUGGUUCUUUGGAAGAAAGGCAAAAUAUUUGCUGGUAAAAAAGGAGAUCUACCAGCUACUGGGAUCCAGGCACCUCUAAAUGGCAAUGGAAAUGGAGCCGCCAUUUUGAACAUGCCUGUGAUAAAGGAUGACGCUAUCAGCACUGACUCUGGGACAAAGGAUGACGCUAUCAGCACUGACUCUGGUCAAGGCAGCAACGAACGUCUAGAGAGGGAGGCAUUGCUGGCUAAUGGAGUGAUAAAGGAUGACGCUAUCAGCACUGACUCUGGGACAAAGGAUGACGCUAUCAGCACUGACUCUGGUCAAGGCAGCAACGAACGUCUAGAGAGGGAGGCAUUGCUGGCUAAUGGAGUGAUAAAGGAUGACGCUAUCAGCACUGACUCUGGGACAAAGGAUGGCACUAGCAGCACUGACUCUGGUCAAGGCAGCAACGAACGUCUAGAGGAGGAGGCAAUGCUUGACAAGUUGAGCCAUUGAGGAGUGACUGACAACGCAUCUAAAUCUAGCAAACAACAUGUGAUUCUGUUUUGUCAACAAAUACUGUCAAUCUGGAUGUGUACAUUCCCAAGAAUGGACCGUUUUGAUCGGCUUGGAUUUGAAUACUUAUUAAUGAACGUUUUGAUCUUUCGAAUAUCAUAAUAGAAUUCCUUUUCAACAAAUUGAUUUGUAAACCGCCUAUAUUUGGGCCAUUUUAAUGUAUUGGUAUUGGAACCUUAUUCUAUUUCUAUUGUAGAUUGUUUAUUUUAAACUAGAAUUCAAUCAUUUAAAUCGUUGCACACACAUAAACACACAUGCACUGAACUGCUUUUUAAAUAUGCUUUGUUUUCAUUUUUCGGGGAAAGUAUAAAUCACUGCUUUAAUAAAAUACUCCUUUAUGAACCAA